CGGUUAGUCCACCCUGCGCCGCGUGCGCAUGAGCCUUGGCUUGUUGGCGGUGUGGCGCGGGACGGAGCGGAGACGCGAGCCGUCGCGGUUCAGGGUUCACCACAUGUCAUGAUGAAGGGAACUAGAGAAGCAGAACCAAGUGACCGCGGCUAUGUAGUGGCGAUCAUCUUCUUCCUGCUCGGACUGGGAACACUACUGCCAUGGAAUUUUUUCAUGACGGCAUCGAGGUAUUUCAACAACAGGCUGAACUCGUCAGAGGUGGGCAACGGCACAGCUGAGGGUAGGAAGGAGUACUACUUCAACAACUGGAUGACUCUGCUGUCCCAGCUACCCCUGCUGCUCUUCACCCUCCUCAACUCCAUCCUCUACCCGCGGAUCUCGGAGAAGGUGCGCAUCGCAGGAAGCCUGGUCUUCAUCUUGCUGCUCUUCGUCCUCACCGCCACCCUGGUGAUGGUUCCCAUGGAGCAGGACCUCUUCUUCUCCGUCACCAUGGCAACCAUCUGGUUCAUUAACUCGUUCGGGGCGGUGCUACAGGGCAGUCUGUUUGGUCUAGUGGCUCUGCUACCUCUGAGGUACAGCUCUGUGUUCAUGAGCGGACAAGGACUGGCUGGGACCUUCGCCGCCGUCGCCUUGCUGUUCGCCAUAGCCAGUGAGGCUGAUGAUCAGUCAGCUGCUCUGGGGUAUUUCAUCACUCCGUGUGUGGGGACCCUGGUUACACUGAUGAGCUACCUGCUGCUGCCCAAACUCGAGUUUGCCAGAUUUUUCCUGGACAAGGGCACGAUGCAGAGAUGUGAGCUUGACACCGCCAGCCAGCUGCUGCCCAAAGAGGGCUCUCAGGGAGGGGGAGGAGAUCUGAAUGGUCCGAUCAGUUGUUCUGUCGCUAACGGCAACCCCUGCAGGGAGGAUGGGGGUGUUUCCCGUCAAGCUUUUGUCAGCCUGGAGGUUGCUGUAACCAAGGAGACGAAGAGCUCUGUGCUGGAGGUUCUGAAAAAGAUCUGGGUCAUGGCCUUUUGUGUCACAUUCGUCUUCACAGUCACACUCUCGGUGUUUCCUGCCAUUACUGUAGAUGUGAAGACUGUUUACCAGGGAAAGUGGGAGCAUUAUUUCACCCCUGUAUGCUGUUUUCUGCUCUUUAACCUGAUGGACUGGUUCGGGCGUACAGUCACGACUCUUCUGCAGUGGCCUCGUAAGGAGAGCUGCUGGUUCCCCGUGCUGGUGGUGUUGCGUGUGGUCUUCAUCCCUCUCCUCAUGCUCUGUAACGUCCAGGAGAGACACUUCCUGCCUGUCAUCUUCAACCAUGACGUCAUCUUCAUCUUCAUCAUGGUGCUCUUCUCUGCCUCCAGUGGCUACUUCGUCUGCUUGUCUAUGUCGUACGCGCCACAGCUGGUGGCCCCUCAUGACGGAGAAACAGCCGGAGCCCUGAUGACCUUCUUCCUAGCUCUGGGUCUGUCGCUAGGAGCUGCUCUCUCCUUCCUCCUGCGUGUCAUCGUGUAGCUCCGCCCACCACCACCAUCCAGCUCCGCCUGUACAAUAUGCAUUAACGAGGCAGUGCCGGUGAGGUCAUUGUGCUAGUCAGGGAACAUACAGAGGGUAUGCAUGUGACAUCACAUUCGGUGAGAGUCGCCACGGUUACGCCCACUGCGUGGCAGCAUCAGUGUGAGUUCCUCUGAAGCUCAAAAACAUCCAGAGUACCAGAGAUUGUCGGGCCAUUGUGCAAAUAGAUUCAUGAAGAACUGAAGAUCUGGGACUUAUACUGGGGAUGAAGAAGCAUUUAAAGAUCACGAUGACCACACGGAUGUAAUGAUACCAUCAGAGGAGAGGGUGUUUACCAGCACAGAUGCAUCACCAACGUUAUGGAGUGCCAGUGUUAUCUAGGACUAAACACGCUGUAGCUAGCGUGGUUUUCCAGGUGUCCCUGUGCAGGGGGAGUAUUCCACUCGCUGGUUUGGGAGUGUCGACUGGAAAGCACUGUCGUGAGUGGAGUCACCUGUCCUAGUGCUAGUCUCAUAAAACCAUCUCCUAACUAAUACACACCAGUGAAUUAACGUUCUUAUUAGUCCAGCACAUGCCAGUGGCCUGGUGAACGACACUUCCUGUCAUGCCAUUCGCUAGAAUGGUGUACCCUGCCAGUGCACUACUGCUGUGAUGUCGUGGGUGUUUAGUAGUGUUGCUUCUCUCAUACACGCUCAGCAUGGGACGGAUUUCCACUGCAUUUAUCACGCUUGGCCCCUUUUCUCCAGACGGGUUCACCAAGCACUUGACUCUUUUACUCUGCCUGUGAGCGGCAGGUGAAAUGUCCUUUCAUGCUGACAGCAGAAAAAUGAAACGUGUCGGUUGAUUAAAAUACGGCCGAGCCCUCUCAACGAAACCUGGCGUGUGGUGUGACUAAGCGUUCAGGCUUCUGUAGGCUGCGUUGUGUGUUUUCUCAGCGUAUAAAUGGCAGGGAACCUGAUUCCUGCCCAUGUGUUGGUAUCAUGGGUCAGUGGUACUCUAUGCAGUUGGAUGUGUUGGUAGUCCAAAUGACCAAUCACGUGUUUCAUUCUUGAUGUUCCAUUUCCCCUCAUAAAUGCUGCCAUGUUGUGGAAGGUUUUGCCACUUGGUUCGUCUGUGGGGGCGUAUUCUGAUGGCAGAGUGAUGUCCAUGCAUACCCCAAGCACCCCACCCCAGUGCAGAUGCAUGCUAAAAUCUUGUUAACCGUGACACACAGCCAUUAACGGCAGUAACCCGAGAGCUGGUUGGGAUUUAGAAAAGGGGUUUCACACGUCAUGUAAUACAUUUCAAAAAUCAAACCGCCACAGACUUGCUGGAUCAGGGAGUGGAGUUUAGCGAGGCCCAAAUGAAGCACUGUUACCAACCCCCAAAAUUCUGAGCGUCUGCCCCAAGGUCCUGCCCAGAUAUCUAGCCCCUCCCUCAAACGCCACCCCUAAACUCUCUGGCCAGUAGGAAAGCAGUGUUGAGCUUUGGAGAGCCGUGACUGGCAUGUCUAAAAAGCGUGGAAGUUCACUUUACUUAAAAAGGGAAGUUAUGAAGUUCUAAAGGAAGUUAUCAGGAUGAGGAGAUGGAGUCUCUCCUCAGCUGCGCUGAAAGGUCUCGGAUGUGACCCUGGUUUCUUCAGACCACCUACAUGGACUGAAAACAUGUCUGAUUUCAUUUUUUCCCCCCUGAAACUGUUUUAUUAUUUUAAUUGUUUGUUUGUUUCUUUGUUUGUUUAAAGGGUGGAUCAGGUUUCUGCUCUUAAAGGGAUAGUCCUGCUGCUUCUCACUAUGGCAACAGGAGCUGCUUUCAGCCUGUUUCUAUUGGUCAAAAGAUUACAUUACCCAUAAGCCUGAUACAGGUUAACCAGUAUUAAGGGAAAGGAACCAUUUUCUGGGUUCUUGGAUCUCAUGUUUAGCCUGAAAGAGGGAAAUGAGAAGUGUUUUCUCUGGGUUAUUAUAUGACUGGAUCUCUUCAACUGACUAGGAUCAAAAGGGAACAAUUCCAUCACUGUAAACACACACGCGCACACACACACACACCCACCCCAGGUGGGAAGGACAAGCCUGACUGCUAGAGGUCACUCUAGGUCAAAGCUGCUAUUCUGUUUAUAGACCUAAACAAGAUGUCUGCUUUCCUUUGUCUGCAGAAAGAAAUAUUUAGGAAUGUUUUUGACCUGUUUUCAUUAUUGAAUCACUGUUGGAAUACACAAGUCCAUGUUUUGAUUUGCACGAGUUUAAAGGGAGUUUAAAACUAAAUGUACUGGAGUUACAGCAGUACCCUUUGUGGAAUAAGACUGAGCAUUAUAACUCAUGAUAUGAAUUUCACAUGCACCUGCAGACUUAUUAAAAGCAAACAAGCAACGUUUCCACUGCUUUUUACAGCAGCUAUUAUCACAAAGCAGCUUUACAAGGGGGACGGAGCUGAGGGAGAAACUCCCUAUAGCACGAAGAAACCUUGAGGGAACCCAGACCUCUCUGGUCAAGGAAUUAUUUAAUGAUUUCAUUUGUAUAACAUUUUUAUAUAUAUGUUGGCAUGUUGGGUUUUUUAAACAUUUCUUUAGCUGUAGGGGGUCUGUUUUGUCUAGAGCGCUGUGUGUGUAAGGCCUCAUGAAUCUCUCUCCUCGCCGUGAGGCGUCCGUCUGCGUUCUGCUAGCGUAGCACGGCAGCCACAACACUCCCUUAUUGUUUCCUUUUAAAACUUCCAGAAUUGUGACAGCAUUUCGGGACAUCCUGUUCCUGGCGUCCUGUUUGUGUGCUUUUUGGUGUUACUGUGGACACGGUUACUAGGGCUCACUGCCUCACACACACACACUCCUCCUCGUUCAGGGUUCCAUUCAGGUCUGUUCAUUCCUGUCAUUUUUGGAUGCUUUGUAGGUGUAGUACCAAAGUAGCAAUAUUAAAGGUUUGAGUAGCAAUAUUGAAUUAUUUCACUAUAGAAACUUAAUCUCAUUGUCAGGCGAUCCUCUCGUUGUGGGGCUUUACCUUAUACACUCCCAAAUUAAAUCAAGACAACCGGUCCGACUGUCUUUAGCUGUCUGGCUUUAAGUUAGGUUUCACACACAACUUUCUGCACUGCCCCCUGGUGCAGGAGUCGGUACUGAAGUACACACGUCCCGGUAUUGGAGGGUCCCUAGUACUUGUAGCACAGCUCCGUGUUCAGCAGUGACCUUUCCUGACACAGCGGAAAUGUUAGAAUAUAUGCGUGUAAUCGUUACAGACAUGCACUACACACAUAUAUGGGUCUGCAACACCCUUUAGUUAAAAAAUAUUGUUAGAAUGAAAAUAGUUUGUCAAUGAAAUCGAGUUUUUGUUUGAAUAAUAUAUAAAUGUUUUCUUUUUGGUAAUUAAAAAAAAAAAGCACAUGA